AUGUUCUUACCGGCUGAUGAUCCGUUUUAUAAUCCAAAUCAGAAUUCCACUGCAUCUCCAUACCAACUUAACGUACCUUUUUUACCGGUUAAUCGAUCCGAUGGAAAUAAUAACACUAAUCCAGCAACGAAUAAUCCUCUUCUUAGUGGAAUAAACUCUGUCACUCCCUUUCUUGACCUAAAUACUAUUUACGGACUGAGUGAUCAGGACGCGAUAGAAAGGCUUAGAGACACAUCUACCAAUAAAGGAAAGUUGAAGACGUAUAUUGUUAACGGCCAAGAAUUUCCUCCGAAAAAUGCCUCGGAUGCUUCAUAUAUUUGGGGUGUUCCUAGAC